GUUAGGAACAGAAGCAGCAGAGAGAAGAGGAGGAGAAGAGGAGGAGAGAGAGGAGAGAGAGAGGAGGAGAGAGGAGAGAGAGUCCCACUGCACAAAGGUGCUGGACAGGGUUCCUUCUUCAUUCUUCCCUUUGAACGAAAUAGAAAAAUUGAGUGGAAUUGUAAAACUGAAAGGCCGGCAUGGAUUUUUUGAACUCCAACUACCUGAACGCGGGGAGCAGUUACGACUACACCUUUAACUUUUGGAAUGACUACCUGGGUCUGUCCACACUGGUGAUGAAGAACCGCAGGAAUGUGCCCCGGUCACCCAACUCCAUCACCGAGUCUCUCAAGGCGACCCUGGGGCUCAGUGACUCGACCUGCCCUUGCCUGGGCGACGGGGACGGACCUUUGGAUUGCUGCUGCUCACCCAACGCCGCAAGGACCUUCCUGGACCUGGGGGAGAGCUUCUCCCUCUUCAACCCCUUCCAGGCUCUCCCACACGGCAGCGGCGGCGGCGGCCACGGCCACGGCCACCACCAGGAAGCCGAGAUGCUCCUCGACCCCUUGAGCCCCCUCGACCUGCUGGGGCUGGAGAGGAGGGCGUUCAGGAAGGGCAGCGGCCGGGCCAAGCAAGAGCCCAAGAUCUGUGUCUUCUGCCGCAACAAUGGGGCGCCCGAGGAUGUCUACGCAUCCCACGUCCUGAAGACACCGGACGGGAGGGUGAUCUGCCCCAUUCUGCGGGCUUACACUUGCCCCCUGUGCAAUGCCAAUGGAGACAACGCGCAUACCAUCAAGUACUGCCCCCUCUCCAAAGACCAACCCCCCCAGAGGGUUUUGAAGGGGGGCAGAGCUGUGGGCGGAGGCAAGAGACUCAAGACCUUCUAGACUCACCGUCUUCUUGAGGGGGAGUGAGUGAGGGUGAGAGCGAGAGUGAGAGAAACAGAUUCUUCUGGGACCUCUGAGGUGUCGAACUCCACCACCGCCACCCACCCACACCACCACCCCCCCCCCCAAAAAAAAACACACACUGUUUCAGAGAUAAUCUGGUCUUUGAAAAAUAAAUGUUAGGAAUCCCACCAUUUCUAAAUAUUGAUGGAGCAAGAAUCUGACUUGGUGGUGGGGCGGGGGAACAUUUUUCUCUCUCCAAAAUGUGUUUUGGAAAAAGACAAUGAGGGCGGAAUUUCUCCCUGGUGACUGUUUAUUUGUUGUUUUCAAGCGUUUGGUGUCUUUUGUUUUGUUAACAGCAAUGAUACUAAUGUACGGAAACGCUCUUGUGUUUCACUGAUGUCCAGAUUUUUAAUCUUUUAAAAAAAAAUUUUUCAACCCUCUCCUCGUCUUGUUCCGUUGGGAAUGUCACUGAUAAAUUUGGAACCAAAUCCAUUCCUUCUCUCAAACCUGUUUGUGGAACUUUUCUACAGGAGAGCCGAGGGUUGCUGGGGGGUCGGAUGAGAACCUCUUUUUUUUUAAGGAAUGCCAUUUUGGAUACAAGCCAAAAACAAAAAAAAACAAAUAAUUAUUAAAAUCUCUGCACU